UGAGCGUGAUGUCCGAACAGCUUGCAAAGAUAUAGCAAAGUUGCUGAAAUGCGUGGUCAGCAGCGCGCAGCACUGCUGCCUGGGCACCACAUGGUGAGGUGCUGGCCAGUCCUUGAAAACGUGACCUCGGUGGCCAUAGGCCUUUUGACUCUUACGUUGUCGUUCGUCAUGGACGGCACGCUGUCCUUGGGGCGGACCUGUGCAAACUGUUACUUCAACGGAGGCAGGGUGGAUUGUACCUUGCGUAAGGAGAAGGGCCUGUCGAGAGUGAAGCAGGCUAAGACAUGUCCGAAGUCGAAUUGAAGUUCAUGAGAAUUCGAGAGAUCUAAAGAUUGGGCUGGACAGCUCAUAUGUUCUAUGAAUUCUGCACGAUAGUUGCGGAAAACCCCUAGUACGCGGAAAUCGCAUCGUAAGACCAACCUCCCCCAUUAUUCCCGAGAUAUCUCACAG